GGCGGAGGGGAGGAUGGCGGCGGGAGGGUGCCGCCGCCUGAGCAGCGUGUCCCGCGGCCGGGAGCUGCUGGCCGCCGUCGACACCUUCCUGCUCGACUGCGACGGCGUCCUGUGGGACGGGCCGCGGGUCAUCGCCGGCGCCGCCGAGCUGCUGGGCGGCCUGAGGGCCCUCGGCAAGCGCGUCUACUUCGUCAGCAACAACUGCAGCCGCUCCCGGGACGCGGUGGUGGGAAAGCUCGGGGCUUUGGGCCUGCAGGCCGGGCCUGAGCAAGUCUACAGCACGGCCCGCUGCUCGGCUCUCUACCUGGGCGGCGUGGCCCCCCUCCACCGCAAGGUCUACGUGCUGGGCAGCCAGGCCCUGUGUGGGGAGCUGCGCGCUGCUGGCCUGCGGGUGUCAGGUGGGCCGCCCGGAUCGGGAGAGGACGGGGAGGAGGAGGAAGAGGGGCUGCCCGUGUCCCGCUGCACCCUCGACCCAGAGGUGGGCGCCGUGCUGGUCGGUUACGACGAACGUUUCAACUUUGUGCGGCUGGCCAAGGCCUGCAGCUACCUGCGGGACUCCCGGUGUAUGUUUGUGGCCACCAACCCUGACCCCUGGCAUCCCAUAGGUGGAGGUGCCGUGGUCCCAGGUCUGAAGCCACUGACUCCCAGCGCUGUCGACGGAGAGACCGAAGGUCAGGUCACCUGCACAGUACGGCCAGGCACAGGCAGCCUGACAGCAGCCAUAGAGGUGGGUUCGGGCCGUAAGGCGGUGGUGAUCGGCAAGCCCAGCAGGUUCAUGUUCGACUGCAUCAACGGGACGGCGGGCACCGGGCCCCUGGACCCCGCCCGCACCCUGAUGGUGGGCGACCGCCUCGACACCGACAUCCUGUUCGGCGCCAACUGCGGGGUGCGGACGGUGCUGACCCUGUCCGGGGUGUCCACCCUGCAGGAGGCCCAGGACAACAUGGCCAGUACCCUGCCCGACCGCCAGAAAAUGGUCCCCGACUUCUAUGUGGACAGCGUCAACGAUUUCCUCCCCCUGCUGAACGGAUGACCGCACGCGAGGGAACCCUUGGAGGAGGAGGUGACCCCUGCCAUCCCACCCGGGUAAUGGUGUGUCCAUGUAAGCUCCCCUCUCAUCCCAGUGAAUACAAGCCCAGUCGACCCAGUCUUUCAUCAUCUGUCAGUCCCUCCAUCCCGGGAAUUAACCUUGUAAACCUACGCUGCACUCCCUCAAUAGCAAGAAUGUCCUUCCUCAUAUCAGGAGACCAAAACUGCACACAAUACACCAGGUGCGGUCUCAUCAGGGCCUUGUAUAACUGCAGGAGGAUCGCCUUGCUCCUAACCUCAAAUCCUCUCGCUAUGAAGGCCCACAUGCCCUUGGCUUUCUUCACUGCCUGCUGUACCUACAUGCUGACUUUCAGUGACUGAUGUACAAGGACACCCAGGUCUCGUUGCAUCUCCCCUUUUCCUAAUCUGACAGGGUGACUGGGGGAAAGGGACCCCGGUGCCAAACAGUAGCGGUUGGGGUGACCCCGCCAUCUGACCCGGGUACUGGUGCCAGCGAAUGUGAGCGCAGCCAACCACACACUAACAGUGGCCAUGCCUGUGCCCUGAAGCGCCGCACAAAGCAGACCUUGGAUUGACUGAAAGAGGAGCAAGAGUGGAACUGAUCCUUUUCUAAUCCUGACUAAAUAAUAAAGUAUGAAGUGCAGCUAAA